AUGCUGGGGCUGGAACCACGGGCACGCUCGCUGCUGGCACUGGCUCUCACGGGGCUGGCACUGUGCUUCUCAGUGCUGGCUUUCGCCACCAGCUACUGGUGCGAGGGCACACACAAGGUAGUGAAGCCACCUUGCCUGUCAGCCGUGCGCAAGGGCAGCUGUACUGUGGUCAGCACCAACGAGACGAGCCCUGCCAAUGCCAGUGCUGACCCCAACGUGGUGCAAUACAUCUGGGAGACGGGCGAGGACAAGUACGCCUUCCGCUACUUCCACACUGGCUUCUGGCGGUCGUGUGAGGAGCACCAUGGUGAGGAGAUCUGCCGCAGCUUCAUAAAAGUGCCCCCUGAGUCUGAGAAAGGGGUGCUGUGGCUGUCAGUGGCCUCAGAGGCCCUGCACAUUGUGCUGCUCAGCGUGGGCUUCCUGCUGCUUUGUAUUGAGGCUCUGCCAGGGGGCAGCGCCCUCAGUGGGCUCAAGAUCAAUGCCUUCGCGGCUGUCAUCACUGUGCUCUCAGGGCUGCUGGGCAUGGUGGCCCACAUGAUGUUCAUGACUGUCUUUCAAGUGGCCGUCAACCUGGGGCCCAAGGAUUGGAGGCCCCAGACCUGGUACUAUGGCUGGUCCUUUGGCAUAGCCUGGCUGUCCUUUACACUGUGCAUGUCGGCCUCAGUGCUGACCCUCAACACCUACACCAAGACCAUCCUGGAGUUCCAGCACCGCCGGCGCGUGGGUGACCGCCGGGCCCAGCAGGGGCCAUGCCCAGGCCUAGACCCUGGCCUGGACCUGGACCUAGACCUGGAGCAUCUCCUGUGGGACAAGUACAUCUACAGUGUCAGUGAUGGGGUGGACCGCUGCCCUGCCCCCACAACUGUUCCUGCCCCCACAAGGCCCAAGGGGCACCCUCCAGCCCCCUACACUGGCCUGGUGGGGAGCCGUAGCCGGGGCCCAGGUCCAGAGGAUGAUGGGGAGCCCUGCUAA